GAUCAUUUUAUUAUUUUUAUUAUUAUUUUAAAAGGUUUCAUGCAGGUGCUGUAAUAGAAUAUAUACGAUGUAUUAAAGAUAUUAAAUAUGGUAAUUGUGGGUAAAUUGCAUGCAUGCAUAAACAUCAACGCCCCUCCCAGAGAAACGCCGGUGUGCGCGCGCCGUCCUAUUCAAUCCCGGAUUACCGGAGAGUAUAACUACCGGCCAAGCGGAAGAGGGGAAAGUAUUGUUCACGCGCUCCUUUAGCACCUGAAAUGCAAUCCAAAGGAGCGCUUUUCCUCCUCGCCAUGUGCGCGUUAACGGCGUAUUACAUCUACUCCCCCAUUCCGGAGAACAUCGAGCAGAGGUGGAAGCUCAUGAUUACAGACUGCUUCUUCAGGAGUUUGAGUCACUUGGCGGACUUCACUGAGCUGAUAGGUCUGGCAGACUACAUGGACGUCAUGAUGAUCAUCACGUUCUUGGAAAAUGUGGUACCCGUGUCUGACGAGCGGGUGAAGGUGGCGGAAGAGCGUUUUGAUGGCGUGGAGGUGGUGGUGUAUGAACCUAGUCAGGACAGAGGAACAGGCGAGAUGAGGAGAGCAGUCAUUUACCUGCAUGGUGGAGGAUGGUGUCUAGGCAGCGCUAAAAUGGGUCCGUAUGAUCACCUGUCCAGACAGACGGUUACAGAACUAAAUGCUGUGGUUGUUGCUGUAGAGUACCGCCUGGCUCCUCCAUACCACUUCCCUGUUGCCUUUGAGGAUGUGUAUCGUGUAGUGAAGUACUUCCUUCAGCCUGAUGUUCUGGACCGGUACAAGGUGGAUCCGGAGCGUGUUGCGGUUUCAGGUGACAGUGCCGGAGGAAACCUGGCAGCCGCUGUGACGCAACAAAUGCAGCUGGAACCAAACCAGCUUGUGAAACUAAAAGUCCAGGCUUUAAUCUACCCGGUUAUGCAAGCACUGGAUCUCAACACACCGUCAUACCAGCAGAACCAGCACAUGCCAAUCCUGCCACGCACGCUCAUGGUCCGCUUCUGGAGCGAGUACUUCACUAGUGACAAAUCAUUUCUCACUGCCAUGUUGGCCAAUAACCACAACAGUGCAGAAUCCAUCGCGCUGCUGAAAUUCGCCAACUGGAGCGUCUUCCUACCUGAGCCCUACCGCCGGGCGUACAGCUACAGCGGCCUGUCGAUAUCGACAAACAAACCCUCCGUGUCGCUAGUGGACCCGCGGGCGUCGCCGUUACUGGUGCCCGACUCUGUGUUGCGUCGGCUGCCUAAAACGUAUGUUGUGACGUGCGAGUACGAUGUGCUGCGUGACGACGGCAUGAUGUAUGUAACGCGCUUGCGUCUGGCCGGCGUCCACGUGACGCACGAACACUACAGAGAGGGUUUUCACGGCCUAGUUAUGUUCACUCUGUGGCCCACAGAGUUCGAAAUCGCCAACAGGAUUACGGACGGUUAUCUGCUGUGGCUCAAGGAGAACUUGUAAAAGGAUAUUUGCAACAGAAUUGGUUUACAGACCUUGUCUCAGAGGUCCUUCCCAGCACCAAGCUGCGUUUAGAUGUUGCUUUUUUUCACAUUUCGUCUUCGUUUCAUAUGUUGGAGUGUUUCCUGAUUAAAAGUCUGAUUUACUGUUGUAUUAUCAGGGCGUAAUAUUUGCAUGAUUCAUGACUACUUCUGGCUUGUAGAGGAAAAACAGAGCAGAGAAAUGUUUUUUUUUUAAUCUACAUCAUUCUGUUGAUUUAUGUCAGUAUAACAGUAUGGCAGAUAAUUUUUUAAUUUUUUAAUUUUUUUUUUUAAGUCUCAUUAAUUACUUACAGACCUCAUCUGUUAAUCAUUUGUGUUGUUCAAUCUUUAGACUCAAUGGGGUUUGGUUUAACAAGCAUUAACAUAGUUGUCUAAGAUGCACAUGUUUUUGUUUUUGUUUAGUUUUUUCAAUGUGAAACUGUGAAAUCCUGAUAGUAAUUUGCAUACGGUUUUAUUCUGUUGAUUUUCCUUCACCAUCGCUGCAUUCUUAAGUGCCUCAGAAAGUGUGUGUGUGUGUGUGUGUGUGUGUGUGUGUGUGUGUGUGUGUGUGUGUGCAUGGUACAACUAACAACGGAGGAGUGUUUUUAAAAUGUAUCUUUCACAACUGGGCUUUCAGUUCCACUUAAAACAACUGAAGCAUGCAGUGAGGUAACACAUUUAAGCUGAUUUAUAGCCCAUCCCACCCACACACACCUCCUCAAUAUUACUCCAGCUCUGGUUUAUAUUAAAGCGCUCAUUCUAAAACAUUAGCGUUUCUAUAGUAACGUGUAAUUCACAUAAGACUUUUUGACGUUUUAAUUUUUGAAAGGGAAAAAAGGUGUAGCAGUUUUGGAAGGAGUCACCAGCAUCAGCGUUUUGUAGAGAGAAAUAGGGGAGGAAAAAAGGGGCUGAACAGCUGUUUAUAGCUAUUAUAACAUAAGUGAUAACAGCAAUUAACAUCGAUAUUCUACAACAUUAACUCUAAUUGUAAAAUGGGUAAAAAGAGUAUGAUGUGGUGGUCUUUUUAAUAAAUAGAAGAUGUUCGCCUUGGUAAAUCGUGGUAUAAGAGGAAUAAAACACGACGGGGACUAAGACAUAAGACUGACGCAAGAGCAAGACUUUAACGGGUAAUCAGCCGGAGUAAAGCUCGAGACCAGAAAGAUGUCAGAAAUUUACAAUUUGAUCUGAAUUCCGAUGGGAAUUAUUCAAUUUUUAAAGGAUGGAAAAAGUUCAUCUGAAUGCAUGAUAAAACCAUAGUCGUUAAUACAAAGGUGCCAACAUUUACGCACAGUUUAGCCGUACCAUUUAUGAUCUUUGACCCCUUGCUAUGACGGCUAAGAACUACACUUUUCUGCUUUAUCAGCUGUCAGACCAAACACAAAUAAAAUUCAAACCAAUUUAUUGAAACGUGAAAUGACAAGCUAGUGGUUUCUUCUGCUAGCAGUUCAUUUUGUUUCACGUUGCCUUUAUCUAGGUUGGCUUUGACCUGUGAAUUUGCAAACCUUGCUUUUGUAAACCAAUAGAAAACACGAGGGCGGGGCCGUGGUCUCUGGUCGCUGAAAAUGCAAGGUAGUUGUAUUGUCCACCAACAUUUUUGACCAAGGCUUUUUUUUUUGUUUUUUUUCGUUUUUCUUAACAGUGUUGGCAGCUCUGUUAAUAUGUUACUGGUCUCGAGUAUAACCAUCACAAAAGAUAAUGCGGGAAUUUUCAGAGCAUUAUUUGUUGAAUUAUAUAUUCUGUUCACCACUAACCACUAGUCUGUUUUUGGAAAUCUUUUUUUUUUUUUUUUUUGAGCUACAUGUACCUUAUGAAAAUAGGCUUUAAAGCUUGACUAUGAAGAGUGAGCAGGAAAUUUUUUACCCCCCUCCUCUGAGAUACCUAAGCCAAAGCAUUUUGUGUGGGAUCACUCAAGUGGAGUUCACCCAGAGGAGACAGGAAGGAGAUCAGCUGAGGUAUGCACUUAUCCACCACAAAAAAAAAAAAAAAAUUCAUCUUGAUAUGCUGCAUAUGGACAGAAAUACAUUCACACCGCAUGGAGCGAGAUAUUUCCUUUAUUGCGGUUAUUACAUGGCAUUUGACACAAAUGAAGCAUGUAAACAUUGGCAGCCGUAACAAAAUCUCCAAGUAUGGUUUAAGUAUAAUUAAAAGCUCAUGCUUGCUUUUCAUUUCCAUUUUUGGACCGAGUCUCUUGGGACUAGCAUUAACGUGAAGCUCUUUCUGCCAAAAAAUACAGCAUAGUGAUUGUCCAAGGGAUUUCUGCAAAUUCGACAGCCUGCCACAAAACGUGAGCUAAAUGAUGUUUGGUAUAAAUCUAUCCUAAAGAACGUGAAAUGUAUGAAACAUGUGAGAGUGUAUUGAAAGGAUUUGCCUGCAUCCUUCUGGGGGAUUUAGAGUAUAUAACAAAGGAUUCAACAGCACAAACAGAUCAUUCCACUAGAUUCAUACAAGAGCUUUAUCCUGGUCAGCGUCGUGGCGAAUCCGGAGCUUAUCCCAGGAGCACACCCUAGAUGGGACGCCAAUCAAUCACAGGGUACCAUGCACACACGUUCGCACAGUCAUUCACAACUAGGGCAAGUUAGAGUCACGAAUCCACCUACUGGCAUGUUUUUGGGAGGUAAGAGGAAACCGAAGAGCCCGGAGAAAACCUGUGUAAAAACUCAACGCAGUUCCACACUGUGCCACUCCUUUCCAUACUUCCUAUUGUACAGGGAUUGAUUACAACCACUAAGCCAAUGUCUGUAAAGUCACAGGGUCUGAAAUAAAUCUGGAAAUGUUAUUGUUUGUAACCAAUGAGCAGUCAGUUUGUUCUAGUUUUCUAACUGGAGCUAGAUGAAAAACAUUCAAAAACAGAAACCCAUAGUAUGCAUGUCAAUGAAAAGAAAACUUAAAAGGGAAAAGAAAAGCCAUAGAAUGCUCAUUUUCAUAAUGGACCGGAUUGAGAAUCAACAUGUUGUCACUCUUGGGCAUUGAGCUAGACAUUGACAAUUUGGUGGAUGAGAUUGGAGCAAGAAUGUGUUCCAAAUUAUCACUGAGACUACUCAAAUACUUGUAAUGGAUUUUUAAUGCAGUACAGUGCAUUUAUUAUUGCAUGUCUUGGGUUGUUUGGUGGGGUACUCAGGAUUCCUUCCACUGGUUCAUGACUAGUGGCAUGGCAAGGGGAUUCAAUUCGAUUCAAUUUUAUUUGUAUAGCGCUUUUUACAACAGACAUUGUCUAAAAGCAGCUUUACAGAAAUAUAUAAACACAGGAUACAGAUUUUAAGUGUGUGCAUUAAUCCCAAUUGAGCAAGCCGGUGGCGACGGUGACAAGGAAAUACAUCAGUCUGGGAAGGGUUACAAAGCUAUUUCAAAGGCUCUGGGACUCCGGCACAGUAGUGAACCUUCCCAGAAGUGGCAGACCUUCCAAAAUUCCAGGGGUUCCUGCAUAGGUUCCUAACCAGGGCCCAGGAUUUAAUAAUCCGUCCGUACUAUGGACUUGUAAUGGACUUGUGUAAAAUCCAGGGAGCAUUCCCAGUUUUACACCCAGUAUUCCUGUGAUUGCGUCCGGAUCCACCAUGAUAAAUGAAUGAAGGAAUGAACAAAUUAAUUAAUUAAUUAAUUGAAUACAUUUCUUCAGUUCCUGAGUCAAGGUCAGCGCAAAAAAACUUGUGCCAUUCCUAAAAUGCUUCUUUUACCAUGGGAUAAUUAGCUAUGGUUAAAUAUUUAAUUCCACUAUAGGAUAAUAAGUGUGGUGCGACAGGCUUGUAUACCCUUUCUAAACAUAUCAUAUGUAAAGGUACUAUAUCAUGCAGUGAGGAUGAAUUUUAAAUGAUACCCAUUCUAAUAAACUUAGUUAAUCAAAAGUAUUCUGGGACAACAUGUUUCAUUUUGGCUUCCAUAUUCAUGUUCCUUAGUACUAUAAGGAUUAUAUUCAAUGCCCUUUAAAUGAACUGAUCAAAUCAAAACGCAGUUUCAAACAGACUUUAUGAAAAAGAGCAUGUUUUUGCACUUGGCAGGAAGAAGACACACAUCUUUAAGAUAUCAGUCAUGGAAUUUGGUACAUGCUUUGCCAUGUGCACUUUGUUAAUCUUUUGAUAUAGCUAAGCCAGGUUUACAUACUUUGUAAAUAUAUACACAUGAUCAUAG